AUGAAGCUGCUGCUCUUCUUCCUCUUCUGCGUCUCCACAGGUGGAGUUUCAUUAAAUGAUAAGAAUGAGAACAGCAAUGCUUCAGGUUCUGUGACUUCAGUCGAAGGAAAAGAAGCUGAUGCAGAAACUUUAGAAGAGCUUAAUCAUGAGGUCAUCGUUCUGGAGGGAGACAUCAUCAUGCCGGAGGACAGGAAUGCUGUUCAGCAGUUGUGGGCAAACGCUGUCGUCCCGUUUACCAUCAGUCCUGAUCUGGCUGAUCGAGCCUCAAACAUCUUCGCCGCCUUUAAGAUGAUUUCAGAUGUGACGUGUAUUCGCUUCAAGAGACGAACCAAUGAGCUCAACUACCUCAAGUUCCUCAGCGGCAAAGGCUGUGCGUCGUUCGUGGGCGUCCGUGGAGGAGCUCAGUCUCUGUACUACGGUCGGACCUGCAGCGUAGGGAACCUGUGCCAUGAGAUCAUCCACUCACUGGGUCUGCACCAUGAACACACCAGACAGGACCGGGACCAGUACAUCACGGUGAACUGGGACCACAUCAAACAAGCGAGUAAAAAGAACUUCAAGAAGAAACCAGGAGACACUCUGAACCUCCCGUAUGAUGUUGACUCCAUCAUGCACUACGGACCAUACUUCUUCAGUAAAGAUGGAGGUCCGACGAUGUUAGCGAAGCAGGGAACAGAUCACAUGGGUCAGAGGAAUUACCUCAGCCUGCUGGAUAUACAGAGACUCAACACGCUCUACCGCUGUGGUCAAAGAGGGAAAUGGUGA